CUUCCAGCACAAUCACAUCACCAUGGCCAAGUCCAAAUCUGCCAAGCGAAAGCGCAGCAAUCAGGUCGAUCUGCCGCAAAAGGCGUCUAAAACCACCUCAAUUCUAACGCCCCCGCCAGAUGGAGGGUCCUUGGAGCCGAAAAAUCUCCAGACGGUCGUUUCGGACGAGGAGCUCGAUAUCACGAUUGAAACGCUCACCACCCUCACACAGUACCCCAGCCUGACCAAGUCGAAAGCAUGCAAGGACCUCCGGGCCGCGGUAUAUGACUUUCGCCAGGCAUGUACGACAGGCGUGAACAGCGCUGAGGGCGCUAAUCUGACCGCACGCAUCACCGGCGCUAUGGCCGACGGGAAAUACACUGACGCCAGGGUCCUACUCGCAGAGAUGAGAAUCAGGGGGGAACAACCAAAAAUCGGAGCUUUGUGUCGUUGGGUGAGAGAUCUGGAUGUCGUGAGUGGCCUCUCCACGCAGCCCGGCAUGCAGGGGAAGGCCACCAUCGAGCGCACCGCCAGGGACUUGGACCUUCUCAGCGUUCUUGAUGCUGUUCUACGCGUCAGCACCCCCAUCGACUUGAGCCCGGAAGCGACUCCAUCCACCUCUCCCAUUGCCUUCCAGUCCAUCUGGGACCUCCGACCAUCGAGCCCACCACUCGAGGUCUACGCCUCCGUCCUCGACAAAUCCAUCCUCGCAUCGGCCCCAACCUCCCCCUCCGCCCUCCGCAUCAUCGAAACAACGCCCGGCCCCCAGCGCAAGCCCCCCAACCACCACCCCGCCAUCCUCUAUACCACUACCCCCAACGCGGUUGCGCUCUCGUCCACACCCCCACCCACAAAAUACCACCCCCACCCCUACGUCCCGGGUCUGGGCCUCGCCCUCGACAUCCUCUCUUCCGCCGAAUGCAAAUCCAUCAUCGCCGCCGGCGAAUCGGUCGGGUUCCUGCCCGAUGCGCCCCUCCGCGAAGACGGCGACAUGAGCAUCCUGGCCCACAACUUCUACUGGGUGGUCGAUACCGCCUUCCACGACCUGCUCUGGGCCCGCAUCGCGCCCCACGUACCCCAGACCAUCAACGGAUGUCAGGUCCGCGGCCUCAACCGCCGGUUCCGCGUGUACCGCUACGUCCCCGGGGCCGAGUACCGGUGCCACAUCGACGGCGCGUGGCCGCCGUCGGGCAUCAGCCCGGAGGACAAAUACGUCUACGACGCCUCGCCGGAGGACAACCGGCAGAGCUCGAUGUACACCUUCCUUCUUUACUUGAAUGAUGAGUUCGAGGGCGGGGAGACGACCUUCUUCCUGCCGGCGGCCAGGGAAGGCACGCUGAAUGCCUACCCCGUGCGGCCGGUGAUGGGCGCGGUCGCGUUGUUCCCGCACGGGGAGUCGAACGGGGCGUUGUUGCACGAGGGGACUGGGGUGAGGAAGGGGGCUAAGUAUAUUAUUAGAAGUGAUGUAGAAUACGAUGUCAAGCCGGGACAGGGAUGAGAGGAUGCGCCGGCGCAUUUGGUGCCCCGCCAUCCCUGCUUUGUUUCGGCUGCUCGGCCGAAAGGCCGAAGACUCGGUCGGUAUCCCCAUGGUGGGUCCGAUCGGAUACUAUAUCUUGUAUAGCUGUAGAGAACAGCAUAGACCUUAGACUCGCGAGAAUAAGAGUCACUAUUCCUAUCCCGGUCGUCAUCCACCACAGGUACUCGUUUCGAGGAACCUUGGGUAUCCAACUGGUGCGGUGGUUAAGGGGGGUUGUCUGUGUUCACCCUG